AUGACACGCUCGUGCUACUACCCCGACGGUUCUAUAUCAUCCGGGAGCGUGCCAUGCAGUUCUGAUGAGACUACCUCGUGUUGCGGACCAUCCAACAUCUGUCUAUCAAAUGGACUAUGUCUAGAUGCUACUCAGCCAUUUGUUUUGUCCCGAGGUGCAUGUACAAGCCGAAACUGGGGAUCAGGCUGUCCGACCGAGUGCCGUUAG